AUGUUUUUGACUGGUGUUGGUUGUGUGGUGACCGUGGUGUGUCCUCCUCUGUCCCCAGAUGACCUGAACAGGACCCAUCAGCACUGUGUUCUGGCUGGAGACUCAGCCCGCUUCAGCUCUACACACAGAGUGGCGGAGUGUUCCACCGGGACCCUGGAAUACAUCCAGUCCCGCUGCCGGGAGGCCCUGUCUAACCUGAGCACAGACCCAGAAACAGGGACCCACUGCCUGCUGUCUCUGCUGCCAGCUACCCUGCAAGGCUACGAGGAGAUACACAACGAGGUGGAGUUUGAGUGGCUGAGGCAGUACUGGUUCCAGGGCCAGCGUUACACCCGGUUCUGCAGCUGGUGGGCCAGACCCAUGGAGCAGCUGGAGAAUGACUGGAGAGAGAUGGAGCUCAUGACGCAACUCUUACUGGCAGCGGUAGAGGAAGAGGGACAACCGGAGGAGGGCAGGAGAGAGAUGGCAGAGACCCUGCUAACUGCCCUGACAGACAGACAGCAGCACAGACAGACCUGGAGAGACAGGUAAGCAGAUAACCACCAACAACAGUAAACAACAACAGCAGUAAACAGAAACUCACACACAA